AUACAGACUAAAAACGACUUCAUAGCAGAAUAUAUCCCUUACCAAGAUCUGUAUCUAGACAUCAUCUUGAAAUCAGAACAAUUUGUCCAUGCAGGUGUCUGCAAGACUUGCCAAAGUGCUGAGGCAACAUUCAGCUGUGCAACUUGCACUGGAGACCAUAGCCGGUGUCGCCCUUGCCUGAUCAAGUCUCAUAGGUCAUUACCUUUUCACAAAAUCCAAUCGUGGAUUAGUAAGUGCUUCAAGGACGUCACUCUUGCAGACCAGGGCCAUGGGGGAGAGUCUUGCCCUCGGUAUGGUGCUUCACAACUUUGUGACAGUGAAAUCGAAGCCUUGCCUCAUGAUACCACUCCAGUCGCUAUCAUACAUUCUUCUGGGGUGUUCACGCAUAAUAUAGCUUGGUGUCAUUGUCCAGGAUCCAAUUCUCAACAGCACCUACAGCUCCUUAGAGCAGGACUAUUUCCUGCCAGCUCCACCCAGCCCAAGACUGCUUUCACCUUUGAGGUACUGGAUCAUUUUCUCAUUGAUGCCUUGGGAUGCAAGACUUCGGCAAGGAGCUUCUUUGAGAAGCUCACAAGGCUGACUAAUAAUACUUUUCCAGAUACAGUCCCAGAUCGAUAUCGUGCACUCAUGAGAGUAUCUCGCCUGUGGCGGGACUUAAAGAACCGAAAAUGGUUUGGAUUUGGCCAUGAUGUGGAAUCAGGUCCUGGCCCAGGAUAUCUCGCUCUUUUCUGCCCUUCAUGUCCACAGCCAGGAAUCAAUAUGCCUUUACUUUGGGAGCAGAAGUAUGAAAGGCAAGUUGGUUGA